CGAAGGAGGCAGGGAGGGUUAUGUGGAGAAGGAGGGAAGAGGGAAGGAUUGAGUGAGGAGAGCAUUAAGUAGACACACUCCUUCACACAGUCACUCUCCCCUUGCUACUGACAUUUACACUUCAAUAUUUGCUGUCUGCCAGAUUCUUCCUCUGUCCCACGAUGACCCGCAUCGUCUGCCUGAGCCUCCUCCUCCUCCUCCUGCUGCUGUCUCUCUGCCGCCACGCGCGUGGGGACCCUCCGAGGACCACUUUGUCCGCGCGCAGAGCGCCCCGCGCGCCCGCAGCCAAGGUGCGCCUGGCUGGCAACUUUGCGCGCGAGGCGAACGAAGGGCGCGUGGAGGUGCUCCACAACAACACCUGGGGGACCGUCUGCGACGACGAGGUGGACAUUAAACUGGCCAACGUCGUGUGCCGAGAGCUGGGUUUCCGUGCGGCUGUGACGUGGGCUCACAGCGCCAAGUAUGGAGAAGGAACCGGCCCAAUAUGGAUGGAUAACGUACGCUGCGACGGCUCGGAAAAGUCCUUGAAGGACUGCAAACACAACGGCUGGGGGGUGAAUGACUGUAAACACUCCGAAGACCUAGGAAUCGUGUGUACCCCCGAGCGGAGAUCGGAUCAGUCACCAAGCAGGGGCUACACGACCGCUGCCAGGCCCAAUGGCAGAACCGCUCCACAGUGGGGAGGCCUUGUGGCGACCCAGAGGCAUCCAGGAUAUGGAUAUUAUGGAAAUGGCCAUCCGUAUGAGGUUCCCAGGCUUCAAAGACACCAUCACUAUCAGGGUCACAGCAAGGUGCGUAUCGAGGAGGUCCGGCUUCGCCCCAUCCUCAUGGCUACCAAGAAGAAGAGCCUCAUCACAGAGGGUGCAGUGGAAGUGAAGCAUGCUGGGAGAUGGAGACAAGUUUGUGACCUGGGUUGGAGUCUGAACAGCAGCAGGGUCGUGUGCGGGAUGCUCGGCUUUCCAGAGGCAACUCAGCACAACGCUAAGAUGUACAAGUUGAGUAUCAUGGCAAAAAAGAAGGGAUUCUGGGUGGAGAAGGUUCACUGCCUGGGCACCGAGAACAGCCUGUCAGAAUGCCAUGCCCAGCUGUCCAUACCCCGCAGUCCCAGCCCUUGUAAGAACGGGAGACAUGCCGUGGUCAAGUGUGUCCCAGGGCCUCAGUUUUCUCGCAUGUCCUCAGGAAGACCCCAGGCUCCUCAUCCAGUUGUGCCUGUUCGCCUGAAAGCAGGCCCCAGACUGGGCGAGGGACGCGUGGAGGUGCUCAGAGAUGGAAAAUGGGGAACCGUUGUGGAUCACCUGUGGGACCGGACUGCAGCCAGUGUGGUGUGCAGAGAGCUGGGCUUUGGCACUGCGAAGGAUGCCCUGCAAGGAGCCUUUAUGGGUCAAGGUACCGGACCUAUCCAUAUGAACAAUGUACAGUGCACAGGGGCAGAACAUUCCAUCUUGGACUGCUACUUCCAAGAAGUCCAACCGUGGACUUUCAAACACAGCCAAGAUGCCUCAGUACGCUGCAAUGUUCCCAAGACUGGCAUAGAGAAGACGGUGCGGCUAGCUGGUGGCAGAGUCCCAUCAGAAGGCCGUGUCGAGGUGUUGAUGGACGUCGGUGGUCGUAAGCGCUGGGGCUCUGUGUGUAGUGAAAACUGGGGCAUUAACGAGGCCAUGGUGGUGUGCAGACAGCUCGGCUUUGGCUUUGCUGCCAGUGCUCAUCAGGAGACAUGGUACUGGACUGGCAACGCGAAUGCAAGUGAUUUGAUUCUCAGUGGAUCUCACUGCGUGGGCACUGAGCUUUCAAUCCAACAAUGUCGUCGAAACAAUCAUGUCCACUGUCCUCGUGGUGGAGGAACUAAAGCUGCUGGGGUCAGCUGCUCAGACACGGCCCCAGAUCUUGUUCUGGAUGCUCAGUUGGUCCAGGAGACGGCAUACCUGGAAGACCGACCUCUCCACUUGCUGACUUGUGCCAAUGAAGAGAACUGUCUAUCAUCCUCUGCUGCCAGGAUGAAUUGGCCAUAUGGCCACCGGCGCCUGUUGCGCUUCUCCUCACGCAUUAUGAACAUGGGACGCUCCGAUUUUAGGCCCAAAGCAUCGAAAGAAAGCUGGACAUGGCACCAGUGCCACAGGCACUACCACAGCAUCGAGGUUUUCACACAUUACGACCUGCUGACUCUGAAUGGCACAAGAGUUGCAGAGGGGCACAAGGCCAGCUUCUGUCUGGAGGACACGUACUGCCCUGAUGGACUCCAGAAGCGAUUCUCCUGCUACAACAUGGGUGAUCAGGGCAUCUCGGUCGGCUGCUGGGACACUUAUCGCCAUGACAUUGAUUGUCAGUGGGUUGACGUGACAGAUGUACGGCCUGGUGACUACAUCUUCCAGGUGGAAGUCAACCCCUCGAUGGACAUGGCUGAGUCUGACUUUAUGAACAAUGUCAUGAGAUGUCGGUGCAAAUACGAUGGCCACCGAGCUUAUAUGUAUGGCUGUCAUGCAGGUGACGCCUACAGUGCAGAGACUGAAGACUUGUUCGAGCACCAGAGGCAAAUCACCAACAACUUUGUGUAGCCCAUCACAGUGCAAAGGCCUUCCAGAGGGGCACACAGACUAUGCAGGAAGGGUUGGGUCGAUUUGAGACCUUAGGAAUCAAAAGGCCUUCUGCUCCUCUACUUGGCUGAUGUGGACAAAAUACUGAUGAGCAAUUCAUGCCACCGCAGCAACAAUCUCAAAGACUUUCAUUUCAUCUCCAACAACUGUUGAAGCAUCAAGUGUCGGGGGGAACGGCUGACACUUGUCUCAAUAUGUUCUAAAGCUCUAGUUAAAGGAAAAGGUUAUGGAUACAUAUUUUAUCUCUUCAGAUUUUUGUGAAUGUGGAUUACUAAUAACUGAAAAAUGUAACUAAAAAUGCACACGCCAAGACAUUAAGGUUACUGUAACGUAUGUCAGAAUUCCGACAGGGAGCCUGACAGUGCUGGAAAAUCGCAUUCCAGGCCACAGUUUGCAUACACUACCAUAAAUGUCUCAAAAUUUGGAUUGAACUCCGCAGUUGCCUCAUUUGAAAUGAUUGCAUUUCAACAUUAGUUGCGUUUAGGUGCUCUUAAAAAACAACAACACUAUUUUCUAUUAUGUUUAACUAACCUCUCAGAGUGUCGGAUGAUAUGUUGGGUGCUUUUCCUUAACAGGCCGUUUGUUACUGUAGUAUCGCUUUGGCUUUAACAAAAUGAUAAUUCUAUUUAAGAGUAGUAGUGCUUCACAUUUUAAUUAACCAGAGGUCAGUUUAUUGUUUUGAAAGAAAGCACUUUAUUAACAUCAGUAUUCAAGGUUUAGCUCCCAUUCAAUCAGUUGGCAAAUUAACAGUCUAGGAUGUUUAUCUAAUAUGACUAUUUUUUUACAUUUUGGAAACUGAAAUGUAAGAUUUGUCUUUAGUUUUCAUUUUAAAUGUGCUAUUUAUGCUGUACUGUAUUACUUUAUUUAUUCACUGAAUUCACACUUAUGCAGCAUGCUCAGUUAUAGAUUAUCUAACUUUUGAUUGAAAAUUAAUAUUCUUUAGUAUCGCAUAAUUAACGUGAAAGGAAAAUACUUCAUCCAGUAGUUAGAGGGCAGUUCUUUCAGGCAGAUUGAUAAUUGUUGAUUUAUUUUGUUCUAAUCAUUAAAACAAUUGUAACUGCCCAGUUCUCUUCCAGCCUCUCUGAUGGGAGGGAAAAAUGGCCUGACAAAACCACAGCAUUGUGGUAGACAGGCAGGCUGGGUUUUGAGAGCAUAUAAAAAGCCUUUUAAUUACGUCUGUUUGGUUAGACUUAAGGUUAAGGUUACGAGCGAGGCUCAAGUAUGUGCUUUAUAAAGAAACAGCAUGGAAUUGUUGCUUUUAUAAUCAUGAAAAGGGCAAGAAUCUGAAUUUCCAUCCUUUCACAAAUUACAAGGCAGAUUCACAUUUUCUGAGAGAUUUGAAAAUGAAGACGGUGUUCUGAGAGAACGACAAAAGGGAGAAUGUUUGUUGAAGGACUUGUGUAGAUGUAAAGUUUUUACUACAAAAAUGGCUUUUUUUUUGCAGACAGUCAUAGAGAGACCACAGGCUGGCUUUUUCCGCCCCCCAACGAAAACAACAUGUUUGUCUGGGAGAAAAAAUAAACUCCUACAUUCACUCUUCAACAAAGUAAACAGUGGGCUUAUUUUUCCUAAAGCCAGGCCUUCUAAAAUGUACUGUACCUGUCUACACUUUUCUAAAUAGGUAUGAUGAUCCAAGUCCAAUUCAUUUACAGCGUGGAACAUGAGUUAGAGAUGUCGCUCUAUCUUUAAUCUGUUUGAUGUGUUUGAUUUCUGGUCUUAGUGGUUGGACAAGUAGUUUUUUGUUGUUGUUAUUUCAUAGUGGACAGGACUCAUCAGCCAUAAAGACAGCUGUAGACUGAAGUGAUUUUUCUUGAGUGUUCUCUCAACCCUUCUGAGGGUUUUGGUGAUUCUGGCUCUUUGUAGGAGAUUUAACAACAAUUUUAGAUAGAACUAACGUCAGACAUACCAUAAAUUCUGAGUUUAAAUGUUGCUGAUGUGCUUUUCUGUUGUUUUUUGCUCUUUGGCUGACACAUUAUCGCAGUCUGUUCUAUGUUAUUUAAAAUUACAAGCCUCUCCAUAUGUUAAUAUGACUAAUUUUCCUGAUUUUACUGUAACACUACCCAUGCUACGAGCGUAGUUCUGGGAUUUAAUAAUUUAAUGGCCAGUUGUGCUUUUUUUGUAUUUAAAGCUGAGAGUGUGACCUAAUUGCGCUUAUCUGCAGUCAUAAUCAUUUUCAUAAAAAGCUGUGCUCUCAGGGACUUUGACCUCAUCUCAAUAGUAAAACAAAUAUACAUUUCACAUGAUGUGAUUUAGUUAUCUUUUAGCUGUGAUGACACCAAGUGGAGCUGUUUCAUCAGCAAUUACAAAGACCAAUCUGUACCCACAUGUUUUGUUUUGUUUUCGUUUUGUUUUUUUGUUUUACUGGUAAGGCUUUCAGGAACGAUGGUGAUAAGCUGUGUUACAUUUCUGCCAUUAGGGAUUUUCAGAUAAGUGGAUACACACUGGCUGCGUCAGAGUCAAACAACAAUCCAUUCAUUCAUCAUUACUGUGAAUCAAUAAAAUUUUAUCUCAUACUUAACUGUCCUUCCUGCUUCAUUCUUGCUGUUAAAACACAACACAGUACAAUAUUUGAUGAUAAUCAGUGUAGAACUGCUGUGCAAAAAAAACAUAAACAUGCUGUUAUAGAUUGACAUGUUCAUACCAAAAAAA